AUGACGUCGUCAUUGCGACCGUGUCAGAUUGCUGAAUGCAAACAAUCGUCUCUUGCACUAUGUUACUGCUGUCAACAGAAUCUUUGUCGUUUUCAUCUGAUUCAACAUGCUGAUGCAAUUAAUGAUUCACUAACACCACUGGCAGAUAAGAUCAAUUUACUUUUGGAUCAACUUGUGUCCUUUGAUCCACCCUAUCUUAAACAGAUUGAGACAUGGCGUGCAGAAGCACACAGAACAGUGGAUAGUUUCUGCAAUAGACACCGGCAAGAAUUGAUCGACGAUGUCAGAGAACAACAAAAGAACGAACUUGAUCGGUUGCGGCAGACAUUAGUUGAACUGAUGAAAGAGCAAGCUACAACGCAGGAUCAUGUUGAAUCGCUUACGAAAUCCAUUCAAAAAAUUGAAGACAAACUUGCCGAACUUCAAUGUCUUCAACUUAAUAUUCAACCAUUAAUGAUCAAUACAAAUCUUAUUGAUGUUGCAACAUUACAAAAGAAUCUCUUUCCUCUUCAACCAGUGCAUCGAACAUUUUCAUCAGCAAGCUCCGGCUGGUUUCCACUUGCCAAAAAUGAAAACCAUUUGAUUUUUCAUGAUAAAUAUAAUUUCUGUCUACUAGAUAAAAACUUAUCUAUUGUUAAAAAUUUACCGUGGAUGACCAGUUAUACUAAUGAGAUCAUUGAUAUUUGUUGGUCAUCAACCCUUGCUCAGUUUAUUGCGGUUGCUUCUGACCAAAUAUUGACGAUCAGUGACAGCACAAUGAUCGUCCAAGAACUUCAAAUAUUUUCUAAAAAAACAUGGCGCCGUGUAACAUGCACUGACACGACGUUAUUUCUAACAGAGAACGGAUAUGGCACUUCUGUUUAUGUGUACGCUCUGUUACCAAAGAUUCAAUUUAUCAAGAAGUGGCAACCGCCUGAGACAUGCAUGGAAAACGAAAUAUUAUGGGAUGUACAAGUCCAUGAUAAAACACUUGGUGUCAUUAGAUACAGUCGACAAAGUACCAAACGAUACGUUGAGCUGUGCUCAUCUACUACAUUCGAACGUUUAUGGUCAGUAGAGAUUGAUGGAGGGGAAAAAUGCUGUCCAAUGAGAUGUGGUGAAUGGAUAGUAUGCGAUUUUUUAAAUAAAAGUCUUAUUCAUGUUUCUAACGAUGGAAAAAUUUUGAAAACAAUAUCUUACUAUCCAACAGCUUUCAACACUAUUCAAUGGAACGACGAACUCGCCAUAUUGACGAAAGAAGGUAUCAAGUUUCAUAAACUCUAG